GUUGCUCGUUUUUUAAGUGUUUAGCACGAAAUACUGUAAAUGAUACAGUCUCUUCCAGCGUCUUGGAUGGUCUGCGAUUUUUUUUUGCGUUCUUGGAAAAAUCUAGAUUUAAAAAGGGGUGUUGAAAUGCUCUCUGAGGAGGCAGCACUAAUAAUAUGAGCAGCAGGGACCUUUCGCUGUCACAGGCAGUCUGUUUUUGUUGAUACCGAGAGCAGCCGUUAAGGAAGAAGACACUGAGGAAUUAAUGCGUAUUUAAACAGCAACACAAUCGUGUUGGAAAUACACUGAAGAAAAAUGCGAGGCCUUGGACACUUUAUUGCACUUUUAUUUUUUCCCAUUGCAUUUUGUGUGGAUUUCCAUGUGGAACCUGGAUCCUAUAACGCGCACCGGGUGUAUGUGAAGUCUCCAGUAGCCGCCAGAAGUCUGAUCGGGACGGAAUCGGAUGCCGAUAUUUCUCGGAUCCAUCGUCACAUCCAGAAAAGAAGCGCUGAUGCGUCAGAUACAUGUAAUGGUUUAAAGGGAUAUGAGACCAAGUUAACUAGCAACACUCACAACUGGACUUUUCCAGAUAUCAGUGGAUCUGUGUCUCUGGCCUGGGUGGGGGACGGAACUGGGGUAGUGUUGGCCCUGACAACAUUUCAGAUGCCAUUAGUCUUCCUGCGAUUCGGUCAAUCUAAACUGUAUAGGAGUGAAAACUAUGGAAAGUCGUUUGAGGAUGUCACAGAACUCAUCAACAACACCUUCAUCAACACUGAGUUUGGGAUUGCUAUCGGUCCGGAAAACUCUGGCAAGGUGAUCCUCACAGGAGAUUCUUCUGGAGGCACUGGCGGCAAAAUUUUCCGUUCAAAAGACUUUGGCAAGAGUUUCGUCCGCACAGAUUUGCCCUUCCACCCUCUAAUGCAGAUAAUGUACAACCCUCAAAACACUGAUGUGCUUGCAGCCAUCAGCAUCAAGAAUGAUCUCUGGAUCUCUAAAGACUUUGGUACAACAUGGACGAAAAUUCAUGAGAUGGUGUGUGUGGUGAAAUGGGGAAUGGAUAGUCUGUUCUUCUCUGCCAACCUUAACGGAUCCUGCUUUGAUAAAGGGAUACUGGUGCUGAGGAAGUCAGUUGACCUUGGUGUUAACAUUAAGACAGUCGCCGAGAAAAUCUACUCAUUUGGGAUCGGCGGACGCUUUCUGUUUGCUUCAGUUAUGGCUGGAUCAGGAACCAUAAUGCAGUCGGCGUCAGAGGACAUUUUACGCGCAAUACAUGUGUCGAUAGACCAAGGUGAGACGUGGAACAUGGCGCAACUUCCUCCUGUCAGUCACGAGCAGUUCUACUCAAUACUAGCAGCCAAUGAUGAAAUGGUCUUCAUGCAUGUGGAUGAACCAGGAGACGCUGGGUUUGGCACCAUCUAUGUGUCAGAUGACAGAGGCACUGUGUAUUCCAAGUCUCUAGAACGCCAUCUGUAUACAACUCCAGGGGGUGAGACAGACUUCACGAAUGUCACUUCCCUCAGAGGAGUCUUCACUACUAGCGUGCUGGCUGAGGACAACUCGGUACAGACAGUAAUAUCAUUUGAUCAGGGAGGAGAAUGGGUUCCUUUGAAGAAACCAGAGAACAGCAAGUGUGAUUCUACAGCCAAAGAUAAAGAAAUGUGUAGUCUGCAUAUUCAUGCUUCAUACAGCACCUCCAUGAGGCUGAAUGUUCCCAUGCUGCCUCUGAGUGAACCCAAUGCUGUGGGACUCAUCUUGGCUCAUGGCAGCGUAGGUGAUGCUAUCUCAUUAUUGACCCCUGAUGUGUACGUGUCUGAUGAUGGAGGCUACUCCUGGCUGCUGGCUCUGAAGGGGCCGCACCACUAUGCUAUCCUGGAUUCAGGAGGCCUCCUGGUGGCCGUGGAGCACAACCAAGCCAAACCCAUCUCUGAGAUUAAGUUCUCCACCGAUGAGGGGCAAUGCUGGCAUGUUUAUAAGUUCACCGAGACGCCAAUGUACUUCACAGGGCUGGCCUCAGAGCCUGGUGCCCGCUCAGUGAAUGUCAGUCUCUGGGGUUAUGAAGAUGCUAUGAUCAGCCACUGGGUAACUUACACCAUUGACUUUAAAGACCUGCUGACACGUAACUGCAAAGAAAGUGAUUAUGUCCAGUGGCUGGCGCACUCUGAUGACAUCAGCGACCCAGAAGAUGGUUGCAUGCUGGGUUAUAAGGAACGAUUCCUGCGUGUGAGAAAGGACUCGGUGUGUUGGAUUGGCAGGGAUUACAUUGUCAACAAGCAGCCCACACCAUGCAGAUGCACUCUGGAUGACUUCCUGUGUGACUUUGGAUACUCCCGUAAAGAGAACAGCUCAGAAUGUAUUGAGCAGGCUGAUCUCAAAGGCCACGAUUUGGAGAUCUGCAUCCACGGGAGAAAGGAACAGCUACAGACCAGUGGGUACAGAAAGAUUCCAGGUGAUAAAUGUGAGGGAGGAGAACAACCACAAAGAAAGUUGAUUGACCUGAGCAAGAGAUGUGUCAGCGACCUGCUGGAACCUCAGAUGCUGGCCUCAGCUACAACUACAGUGCUUGAGAAAACCUCAAAUAUUUAUGCACCGCUGUUUACCCUGUAUCUCUGUAAUCCACAGAGAGGUCAAUCCACCUCACAUACCGCCCCUAUCAUUGCGAUCGUCAUUGCCAUCCUGCUGACCGGCACAGUGUUUGGGGUUCUGUUUGUAAAGAAGUAUGUCUGUGGUGGAAGGUUCCUGGUACACAGAUACUCAGUCUUACAACAUAAUGCGGAAGCCAACGCCAUAGACGAACCACUGGACACAGAUGUGGCUGGAGAACCUAAGAAUGAUUUCCAUGAUGACUCAGAUGAGGACCUACUGGAGUAAAGCUGUGCAUUAGAAGAGCAUAUGGAGCUUCAUUUCCUGUCAUUCAGGCAUUACUGCUGCUGUCUCUCUUCUCCUAAAGCACAAACCAGCUGUCAGCUUUCUCAAAUUUAAUCUACCAGCUAAUGACAUGCGCUUCCUGCUUCUCGACCAUUAGGAGGGAACCUGGUUGCUUCUCCACCAAUAGGAGGGCAUUCUGAUGAUCCUAUUCUAAUGAUAGAAUAGUCUUGUGAAUGUAGCUCUGCUGAAAUUCUCUGAAGCAGAGAAGAAGUGUUUAAAAUGCUGUUUGUGGAAGUUUCAGUUUUUUCUUUUGACAUUGGGGUCUUCUGGGCGGGAUUUUAGGGAUCAAACCUUUGUUUGAUGAGACUGUCACUGGGGUACUUGUAAAAUACUUGCUUUUCUUUUUAUGUACAGAUGCCCUUACAUCAGAACUAGAGAUAUAGUUCAUUCUCACAGUGAUAUCAGAUUUUGAAAUGGUUUAUUUCAGCAGGAAUUUCAUUAAGAAACAGGAGACAAAUGAAUCAUAUCAUAUGUAAUGUUUAAAAUACUGUGCUACUGAACCCUGACUGUGUUUAUCACUAAAAUGUGAUCAUACCUGCUGUCAAAGCUUUAGCAUAAUGUCCACUUUACUGUAAGCAAGCAGGUGCAUUAAUGAAUAUAGCAAUAAAAUGCUGAGAAACAGGCAAUAGAUUUGGCUUUACAAAAAAAGGGAGAAUAUAUUUAUAAUUUUAAGAUUAUUUACCUGAAACUGUGUAGCUAGGCUGUGAGUUUGAUAAAGUGCGAUUGUUAUUUGGACAAAUAACUGUAGAACAUGGCGAUAACAUUGUGGUAAUUGUAAAUAAGCAACUGUCACACUUCAAACCAAGCAAUUUCUGUGACGGUUAGGUAAAAUUUUGUAAUAAUAAAUAUUUUUAUGAACUAAAUGAUGCAGAUGCAUGUAAAAUAGAACACGACUGUAGUUUGUGUACAACCUUGAACAUUUUGCCCAAAUCAAAUUUUGUAGUUAAAUAGUUUUCUUGGCUUUCAACAUUUGUGCUGUUUCUUGCUUCUUGUAUUGACAGCAGGAAAGUCCCAUGUUAUCAAGCAGAAAAAGUGUGACCCUUUUUUUUUUUUUUUUUACCAUUGCGCAUAGAGACGCCUAAAACCUGACUAAGUGUUUGUAUGACAAACCAUUAGUCGCAAUAAUUUUGCAUGUGUUAAUUAUUUUUAUGUGUGUGCACCAACUUCAGCGAGGUGAGAACAGAUCCAGUGGUCUGAAGUCUUGUGAUUUCAUUUUGGAUAUUCAAAUGCAAUAGAUCAGUUUAGCACCUUUCCAUUGGUACUUCCUGUUUGCAUAGAUGCUUGAUGUCUCAUGCAGUGAGUUUUUUUUAUUAAGUGUGUAUUGUGCUAUUUUAAAGGUUCCUAAUGUUGUUUUGGAGGUCUCCUACAAUAGGUUUACAUGCAUUCAAGGUCAAAAAAACAAAAACCUAUUACCAUAUCUGAAUUUCAGCUCCGGAGGCUUCCUCAGAGCUUGUAAUAAUGACAUCAGUUUUUUCCAUAUCAAAUCCAGCGGUCUUAACUCUUUGAUCAUGUGAUUUGAUUUUGGAUAUUCAAAUACAAUAGAGCAAUUUAGCACCUUUCCAUUGGUACUUCCUGUUUGCAUUGAUGCUUGAUUGGUUUCUUUUAUUAAGUGUGUAUUUAAAUAUCAGUUCUACAGUUAAUUUGGAGCCAUUUGUUUCAACAUCUCUAGCAGUUGUUUGUUUCUAUACACAUACCUAAUCAAAAGUCUCACAUUUCCUUAGAGGAAGACAAUCUCCUUUGCAAAAACUAUGAGUUAUAUAUGAUGUUAAUAGGUAUAAAAACCCCAGUGUAUGUUUUGAUUCAAGUGCCUAGCAUGGAGGCAGAGCUUGUGCCUUCCAGUGAAAUAUAAAUUCAUUCAAAAACAAGAGAACAAUCUCAUUUCUGAAAGAAUUGCCAGUUCAUAACAUUAGCAUUGACAAACAGUUAAUAUUUCAGUUGAUGACAAGAUCUGUAUAAAAUUUUAUACAACAAAAUAAAAACAAACAUGCCCCUAAAUGAUUUAAUACUUAUUGUCUUACUAAAUUGGGUUGCUCCCCAUGCUUGGGAACAAUAAUAGAUGCAAUGCAAAUGAAAUCUUAAGGUAAAUGAUUUCCAUUGUGACAGUGAUUUAUUUAUACGAGGUGUAACUCUUUUCUUGCUGUGCAAAAUCAGUGUACAUAUUAGUUGUGAAGCUCUGUAUAUACAGCAAUUCCGACUUUGUAUCUGUUAUUUUUUGCUCUGUAUAUUUGGAACUGUUUGUUUGAGAAAUAAAUUGAUUUGUCCCACUGA